AUGGAGGACGAGGAGAUAAGGGCAGACUCCUCGGAGCGUCCUCCGUUUCACCUGCGCGUCUCUGAUGGAAAAUAUUGCGACUCUCUCUUCAGCCUGUGCGACUUGCGGCUGAGGCCGGGGAUCGGUCGAUCCCGUAGGAACCAGGUGAGCCGCUUCCAUGCCUACUUUGAGAGGGACGAGCGCGGGUUCGUCAUGCUCAAGGAUGGGAGCUUUGAAUCUGGAACCUGUUCGACCAACGGAACGUUUGUCAACAGCAACUGCGUCCGCAUAGAUCAGAACGGAUAUCGGCUGCACUUUGGAGAUAGGAUUACCAUCGGAUCUUCAGAGUUGAUUGUUGAACGCGGAGCUCUGGAAACUUCCGUCAAGACUGAGCCGGAGCCGCAGAUACAGAUUCAAGGAGCGUGGAAUAGAACUGACAAUGAAAACCCAUGGAAGCGGCGCAUGGAGCGGGGGGAUUUAUCUACAUCAAGAAGAAGAUUUUUGAAUGUGCAAGAGAAGAUAGCAUUUCUCAUGGGAGGCAAGACUCUUGAAGAGUUCAUGAACGAUGGAUUGCACUGGGAUCUUCCUGGCGUGUACGGCAGCAGAGGGGGGAAAGUUUGUGUUGGGUUCAAGGUGAAGCGAAUUUCACGCAUUUACAACAACUCAUUGUGGAGGCCGUACCAAUGGCGAAAGCAGUGUAUAUCAGAAUUCCUGCCGGACAUGCAAUCGAUGGCUUCAUCGGAGUACAUCACGAGGAUGAACUUUGCCCAACUCUUGGAUCCUUCCUGUAAUGAAGUGUACGCGUUUCAUGGUCAGGACCAAGCGAGCAUCGAGAUGGCGAAAGACGCGGGGCUGAGCCAGAUGCAAGAGUGUGCACGUCGACAAAGGCCGAUCGGAGGAGCACGUGAUGAUGCUUGCAAGAGUGGUCCAAUCUACAGGCCAAGAAGAAGCCCUCCUUUCAGCCAGCAGACUGGGUUCGCAAGCGAUAGCAUCAUCUCGGAGAGCAGAUCCUGCGGAGGAAGUCAUUUCCGCUAUCGUUCCAUCGUCGUCUACGACAGAUUUCAGUGUUACCCUGAGUAUGCGAUCUACUAUGAGCGGAGAUAUGAGGAGAACGAGCAACAGCACAAUCAGCAGAAGGAGAAGCAGCAAGAGAAGGAGCAGCAGCGACGUACGUCUAGUUCAUAUCAAGCUUCUUGUCAUUAUUCUUUGCCAUCCUGA